AUGCUCGCUUUUCUGGUCGUUAUCUUUUGGACCCUUGCGUCGGUCCGGGCAGCGUUCGAGGACGAUUUUGAGAUCGUUUCGCCCACUCCAGGUCAGAAUUUCUCCGCAGGUGACCCCAUAACAGUGGCCUGGAACUAUGGCAAUGUGUAUGACUGCCCAGUCACAAUCCAGGUCGAGGUUCAACUGCCGGGAUCCCUAUUGAGCCCUGGUCCCAUGGUUGUGGGUGCAAAAGCCCAAGGACUCGUGGUAGAUUCCGGCGCGAUGCCCCUUGUCAGCGCGAACGCGACAGCGACGAUGAACAUCCAGGUGUACACGACCCACGUCGUUACUGGAGAUGUUUACAGUGACGGAACUGGCGUGUACAGUAUUUUGGUCACCGAGGCGACUUCCACAACUUCCACUCCCGCCACUGUUGAUCACACCGUGACUGAGACCCCUACACCAAAUCCGACCAGCAUCUCCUCCUCCGACAGCGGACCUACAGAGACGCCGGUGUAUUAUCCUCCAAUGAUAGGGGAAGGCAAAGGCGGCGAUGAUGAAGACUAUAUGCAAGAUGAUGGGGGUCUGUCGUCGGGCGCAAAGGCCGGAAUAGGUGCUGGGGUUGCCGUCGGGACUGUGCUUCUCGUGGUUGGAGCAAUCUUACUCCACCGGCGACAAAAGAUGAGGAACUCGCCCAAGACGAUACGCGAGAUUACGAGCGGGCCUCGUCAGACAGAGCAAUAG